AUGGACAGCUGUGAGUCUCCCGUGGUUUCUGGGACAGACGAUGGGCUCAGCUCCUCCCAGCAGCAGCAACCACCACAGCCCUGGAACGAUCACUCUAGCUCACAGGUCCCUUGCACCAACCAGGCUCCUUCCCUGGAUCCUCUGUCUCUCUCUGCUCCCUACCCUUCUCAACCCCAAAACCCCAGUGCAACUCAUGACGGGAUAAGAGAAGCACAGUCCCAGCAUCAGCAGCUAAAACAGACAUCACCGCAGACCCGCAGCGAUAGCCCUGCUACGGGCCAGCUGCAUCCCAGAGGAGAGGGUCUUGAGGAAGAAGAGCAAGAGGGAGUCAGCUGUGGAGAAGAGGAAGAAUCUGACGACUUAGAUGAAAUGGAGAUUGACAGCUGUUUCCCAAGUCUUCAGCCCUUUCCCGGGGUGCCCAUGGCUUCAGGGGGAGGAGGUAUGCCCACUCUCUUGAGACAUCAGCCCACACAACAGCAGGGAGCACCUGAGAGUGGGAGUGAGGAAGGAGAGGAGGAAGAUGAAGAGGAGAGCAGUGAUGUGGAGAACCUGGCUGGAGAAAUAGUCUACCAGCCAGAUGGCUCAGCCUACAUCGUAGAGAGCCUCAGUCAGUUGAUCCAAAGUGGUGGGGGCAUGGUACCCGGCCUGCUUCCCACAAACUCUAUUACCAGUGGGGGAAAACCGGGCGAACCUGCUGGGACUUCAUCGUCGGUCUACCCUCAGAUCAUCAACACGUUCCACAUAGCCUCGUCCUUCGGGAAGUGGUUUGGCACUUCAGACCAAGGUUUCCCCAAUACCUCAACCAUGGCAGGUCUCAGUCCUGUCCUGCACACUUUCCGUGUCUUCGAUGUGCGGCACAAAAGCAACAAGGAUUACCUGAACAGCGAUGGGUCUGCCAAGAAGUCCUCUGUAUCCAAAGAUGUUCCCAACAACGUGGAUUUCUCCAAAUUUGAUGGGUUAGCCCUAUAUGGCAAGGGUAAGCCCAUUCUCAUGUGUUUUCUCUGCAAGCUGUCCUUUGGCUAUUCGCGUUCCUUUGCCACUCAUGCCGUCCAUGAUCACCGCAUGACACUGUGUGAGGACGAGCGGCGGCUGCUGGGGGACAAGCAAGUAUCUGCCAUCAUCCAGGGCAUUGGGAAGGACAAAGAGCCCCUCAUUAGUUUUCUGGAACCAAAAAAUAAGAGCACUCCUCUGCCAUCUACCCCGCUCCCUAUUAACUCUAGCCAGAGCUUCUAUGGCACAUUUAGUGGUGUCCAUCUGGAGCCUGGUAGCAGCAGUGGGGGCAGCGAGAACCUCAUGAACAAAGACUCUGACUCUGGCCUCCACCAAACCCAACUGAGCUCAGUCCAUUCUCUUGGAGGGCUGAGCAUUCCCAAAGCAUCCACUCUUACCUCAUCCCCAGGCUCUGCCAAAGACUCCAGUGCCCUGCCCAAACAGGGAGGGAGAAUCGAGGAGGCUGUUGGGAAAGAGUUGGCAUGCAUGGGAGAGGAUGGGGACACUGAGCAACAAGAAAGCAAGGGACACCUAUCCAGCCAGAUGGGGGGGUCAGAAGAAGAGGAACUGUUGUUAGGGGAGGAGGAGGACGAGGCGGAGGCAGAAAGCACUGCAGUGGCCUGUGGUGGUACCAGUAGCAGUGGCAAGGGUGAAGCAGGGGAACCAGCUGUCUCAAACCAAAGCAUUUCCAAAUCUCCUUUAUUAAUGCCUAGUAGCGCUCUCCAGCCUUCUGCCUGCACCUCUGCAGUCAGUUCCACACUCAACAGCAAAGCCCCUACUUCCACUUGCUCCUCUGUCAAGGAAGAGGGUUCAGCUGCAGACGGUGGGGGGAGGACCUCCGAGCUCCCUCUGAGCUUUAACUGCCAGGGGCUCACUGUUCCCAUGGCAAUGGCGGCAGCUGCCGUCAGAAGGAGCGAGGAUGACACUGCUGGCACUUCCUCCUCACCGCUGUCCUCCAAUGCUGCUGCUGAUGAAAGUGCCAAUCGAGAUAGUGCCACAGCUCCAGAACCAAAUGAUUUCCCAGCAGAAGGAGAGGAGGAAAAUGGAGCCCUUCUGCACCAUCACCACAUGCACCACCUUCAUCAUCACCUGCACCCUUCAUCUCAUGGCCACUCGCACCCCCUCCCAGGGGGCUCCUGUGACAUAGCAGGAAUGGGCGAGUGUUCACAGAACCAUGGGCUUGGUGGCACCAUGGGAAGUGGGGUAGAAUGCCCUAAAUGUGAUACUGUUCUGGGCUCCUCACGUUCCUUGGGUGGUCACAUGACCAUGAUGCACUCGCGCAACUCGUGCAAGACACUGAAGUGUCCCAAAUGCAACUGGCAUUACAAGUACCAGCAGACGUUGGAGGCCCACAUGAAAGAGAAGCACCCAGACUCUGGAGGCUCUUGUUCUUACUGCACUAGUGGCCAGAGCCACCCUCGUCUUGCUCGUGGAGAAAGCUAUACCUGUGGAUACAAGCCCUUCCGGUGUGAGGUUUGUAACUACUCGACCACCACAAAGGGCAACUUAAGCAUCCACAUGCAGUCGGACAAGCACCUGAACAACAUGCAGACACUGCAGAAUGGAGGAUCUAUUGGCACUGGGCAGGAGCAGGUGUUUGGACAUACCCCGGGAGGAGUGGUAGCUGUCCCCUCAGUGACCCAGGCCAGUAGCCAUCACCCACCCCACCACCAUCCUGCACAGUCCUCCACUCAUAUGGCCGGACCGUGUGGGGCACCCUCUCCAACCAAGCCGAAGAGCAAACCUACUUGGCGGUGUGAGGUGUGUGACUAUGAGACCAAUGUGGCACGGAACCUGCGCAUCCACAUGACCAGUGAGAAGCACAUGCACAACAUGAUGCUACUUCAGCAGAAUGUGACUCAGAUGCAGCACAGCCGACUUGGCCUGGGAGCCAUGCCCUCCCCCUCUGAGGCUGAGCUCUACCAGUAUUACCUGACUCAGAACAUGAGCCUACCACCAGGCCUCAAGAUAGACCCAGCUGGAGCAGAGGCCCAGUUCCUGAUGGGGAGCUUCCACCUGGAUCCCAACAUGGCUGCCCUGGCCCCGGCACUUGUUGGCGGGGAGCUGCCCAUGGACGUGCGGCUGGGCGGCGGCCAGUUGGUGUCCGAAGAAUUGAUGACCCUAGGAGAGAGUCUAUCACAAACCAGCGACCCCUCCCUCAAGCUCUUUCAGUGCGCCGUGUGCAACCGCUUCACAACCGACAACCUGGAUGUGCUUGGCAUGCAUAUGGGAGCUGAACGCAGCCUACCGGAGGAGGAAUGGCGUGCGGUGGUGGGCGACUCUCACCAGUGCAAGUUGUGCCACUACACCACUCAGCUCAAGGCCAAUUUCCAGCUGCACUGCAAGACAGACAAGCACGUGCAGAAGUACCAGCUCAUAGCCCACAUUAAAGAAGGGGGCAAAGGCAACGAGUGGCGUCUGAAGUGUGUGGCCAUAGGCAACCCCGUGCACCUGAAAUGCAACGCCUGUGACUACUACACCAACAGCCUGGAGAAGCUGAGGAUGCACACCGUCAACACUCGCCAUGAGGCCAGCCUCAAAGUCUACAAGCACCUGCAGCAGCACGAGAACGCGGUGGAGGGUGAUGCCUGCUAUUACCAUUGUGUGCUGUGUAGCUACUCGACCAAGGCCAAGCUCAACCUGAUCCAGCAUGUGCGCUCCAUGAAGCACCAGCGCAGUGAGAGCCUCAGGAAGCUGCAGCGCCUGCAGAAGGGCCUGCCAGAGGAGGAGGAGGACCUCAGCUCCAUCUUCACCAUCCGCAAAUGCCCUUCUUCAGACACAGGAGAGCUGAGCGAGGAUGUGGAGGCUGCUAGUGAGACCACCACAGACCAGGAGGACCAAACCAAAGACAGAGAAAGUGGGGGGGAGAAGGAGCUCACCAAAGGGACAGCCUCCAACCACUUGGAACGGCACCAGCCGGAUUCCCCGGCCCCCUCCAAAAGGCCCUCUUCACGGUCGGAGACGUCAGAGAGCCCACUGUCCUCCAAGCGUCCCAGGACGGCUGAGAAGAGCGCUGCGGAGCAGAUGUACCAGUGCCCCUACUGCAAGUUCACCAACACGGACCUGAAUCGUCUCAGAAUGCACGUGAUGACACAGCACUCUGUCCAGCCCAUGUUACGCUGCCCACUGUGCCAGGACAUGCUCAACAACAAGAUCCACCUGCAGUUCCACCUCACCCACCUCCACAGUGUGGCACCUGACUGCGUUGAAAAGCUCAUCGCCACAGUGACAGCAACUGAAGUACUGCCAGCAAGCAUGUUCAUACCUGUUCCGAGUCCAGACAGAGAGUCCCAGAGCACCCCUCAUGCCACAGCCAAUUCUAACUCUGAAGAUGCAAAGAAGCCAACUGAUGCAUCAGAUGCUGAUCCAGAGAAGGGUGUGUCAUUCCCAGCAGAAAUAGCUGAAGCUCGCAAGUCACCUCUGGAAGAGCAACAGUCAGAGAGAGAUGAUGCCACAGGAUUCCUGUGCUGGAAGAAAGGCUGUAAUCAAGUGUUCAAGUCCUCCAACUCCCUCCAGUUGCACUUCAAUGAAGUUCACAACAAAAGGCCUCAGCUGCCUGUUUCUGAUCGCCAUGUCUACAAGUACCGCUGUAACCAAUGCAGUCUGGCCUUCAAGACUGUAGAGAAACUACAGCUCCACUCACAGUAUCAUGUGAUCAGGGCAGCCACCAUGUGCUGCCUUUGCCAGCGAAGCUUCAGAACACUACAGGCCUUGAAGAAACAUUUGGAAACCAGCCACCUGGAGCUGAGCGAAGCAGAUAUCCAGCAGCUUUAUGGGGGCCUACUGAUGAAUGGUGACAUUAUGGUAAUGGCUGACCCAUCCCUUGGAGAGGAACAUGUAACUCUGGGAGAAGACGACAAAGAGGGAGAUGAAAGUGACCAAGAAGAGAAGCAAAGCCCAACAGGCAGUGACUCUGGCUCACUGCAAGAAGAUAAUGGAUCUGAACCUAAACGUGCUUUACCAUUCAGAAAGGGCCCCAACUUUACUAUGGAGAAGUUUUUGGAUCCAUCUCGUCCUUUCAAGUGCACUGUAUGCAAAGAGUCUUUCACACAGAAGAACAUUCUUCUGGUUCACUACAACUCUGUCUCCCACCUUCACAAGGUGAAGAGGGCUCUACAGGAGUCCACUAGUGGUCAACCUGAGCCUACCAGCAGUCCUGACAACAAGCCAUUCAAAUGCAGCACUUGUAACGUGGCAUACAGCCAGAGUUCAACUCUGGAGAUUCAUAUGCGCUCUGUUCUACACCAAACAAAAGCUAGGGCAGCCAAACUUGAAGCAGCAGGAGGGAUCCCUAGCUCUGCGAGUACUCCUGGAUUAAGUGGAGGAGGGUCCAGCAUCAGCACUUCAACAUCUAGUCCAAUCCCAGCAACUAACUCAACUACUAGCUCAACCAACCACAGUUCCUCUGUGUCUCAAACUACUCAGAGUAUUCUCGGAGGAAACCAUAUGAGCCACUGCAUUGAAACCCUUGGGAAUUCAUCAGUGAGCUGCCACUCCUCUCCAUCUGAGAACCAUGAGGUGAAAAAGAAUAAAUUUACAGACAUGCUGUCACAACAGCAACAACAACAACAGCUUCAGCAGCAGCAACAGCAAUUGGCUCAGGCUCAAGCCCAAGCCCAAGUUCAGCUUCAGCAAGAGCUCCAACAGCAGGCUGCUAUUUUACAAUCACAGCUAUUCAACCCAGCCCUUCUGCAGCACUUCCCAAUGACAGCUGAAUCACUUCUCCCCAUGCAACAACAGCAAUUGUUAUUCCCCUUCUACAUCCCAGGCGCAGAAUUUCAGCUGAACCCAGAAAUGAGCCUCAGUAACUCAGCACUUGGCCUAUCAGGAUCCUCCACCGCCUCACUGCUGGAAGAUCUCAAAAAUUCUGCUCAGCAGGCCCAGCAGAAUUGCUUGCAGCAGCAAUUGCUGCACCACCAUCUUCAGCAGCAACAUCAACAACAGCAGCAGCAACAGCAGCAGUCUCACGCACACGCUCAGAAUCAGAUGGCAUUGCUUCAGCAAAGUGCGUCUCUCCUUCAACAGGUUGAAAAAAAGCAGAAACCUUCCUCCUCUCAGAAUGAGAAAGAGAGGGAAAUGCAAAGAGAGAGGGAUUCAAAUGAAAGAAACGACGAAUAUGGAAACAAAGAUUCUGCAGACAGCAAGCUAAGAGAAAAGAAAGAUAUUCAGCAUAUUUCAAUUAACAUAAACCAUGAUACUGGAUUGCCUCCACCAAGGAUUGCUUCAGAUGCUCGAGGAAAUGCAACCAAAGCCCUGCUGGAAAAUUUUGGGUUUGAGUUAGUAAUUCAAUACAAUGAAAACAAACAGAAAGCUCAGAAGAAAACAGCUGGACCUACAGGAUCAAGUGGUCCAGGUGGGAUAACAAGAGUGGUGGACCCCAUUGAGGGAUUGGAGAAACUGGAAUGUGAAGCCUGUGGCAAGCUGUUUUCAAACAUACUGAUUCUAAAGAGUCACCAGGAGCAUAUCCAUCAGGCUUUCUUUCCAUUUCGAUCCCUAGAGAGAUUUGCCAAGGAAUACAGAGAGCAUUAUGAUAAACUCUAUCCACUGAGACCCCCUACACCAGAGGCAGCUCCAGCUCCUCCACCGCCUCCUCCUCCUCCUCCCCCUCCACCCCAAAGAGCUCCCACACCAAAUAUCCCUGUCUCUGCUGCACUUACACCUCCAACUGUACCGCCCCAACAACCACAAGUUUCAAUGGCACAAAUCUCCAUGCCAAUGGAUAUGCCUCUCUUCUCACCACUCAUGAUGCAGUCUAUGUCUCUGCAGUCCUUGCCCACUCAUUUGACUUCCCAUUUACAGUCAGUUGAGCCAAGCCUGGCCGCAGACCUGGCCCAGCUAUAUCAACAACAGCUAACACCAGCCAUGCUACAGCAGCAGCAGCAGAACAAGAGGCCACGGACGCGCAUCACAGAUGACCAGCUUAGAGUCCUGCGACAGUACUUUGAUAUCAACAAUUCACCAAAUGAGGACCAAAUCAAAGAGAUGGCAGACAAGUCGGGGCUGCCACAAAAAGUCAUUAAGCACUGGUUCAGAAACACCCUUUUUAAAGAACGACAGCGCAACAAAGACUCACCAUACAAUUUCAAUAAUCCACCAACAACAACUCUAGAAGAUACAAAAAUUGACUCUAAACCUCCUUCACCUGAACCUCAGAAACAAGAGUUUUAUGGAAGUAAGAGAUCAUCCAGGACGAGGUUUACUGACUACCAGCUAAGAGUGCUACAAGACUUCUUUGAUGCCAAUGCUUAUCCUAAAGAUGAUGAAUUUGAACAGCUCUCCAACCUUCUGGGCCUCCCCACUCGUGUUAUCGUUGUCUGGUUCCAAAAUGCUCGCCAGAAGGCCAGGAAGAACUAUGAAAACCAAGGAGAGGGGAGUAAAGAGGGUGAGAGACGGGAAUUGUCAAAUGACCGCUAUAUCCGCACCACAAAUCUGAACUACCAGUGCAAGAAAUGCAGUCUGGUUUUCCAGCGGAUUUUUGAUCUAAUAAAACACCAAAAGAAGCUGUGUUACAAAGAUGAAGAUGAGGAUGGACAGUAUGACAGCCAAAACGAGGAUUCAUUGGACCUUUCCAAUGAAUGUUAUACUCCCUCUGGGUCUUCCUGUCACACUCCAAUGCCCUCUUCUUCAAGUCUCUGCCCACUUCCACCCUCCACUUCAGCGUUCUCACACCUGUCAUCUUCUGAGAAAGAGGAAGCAUCACCAGCAUCCACCUCAAACCUAUAUGAUGAGAAACCCAAGCAAUUACCAGACAUUUCUGAUGAUCCUCGAGAAAAUAUAACCUCUAUUAAGCAGGAAAUUGUGCAUCAACCCCAGUCCGAGGCUCAAGAGCAUAGACCUCAGAGAGAAGAGAAGAUUCAAACGAUUUCCAAGUCCAUCAAACAUUCAUCUCCUUCUUUCUCUCAGCAACAACAGCAGUGCGGUCCCUCAGCCUCUCAGACAAGCCAAGCCUCAUCACAAAGCUCUCACAUGAGCCUCAAUGCGCACCUAACCUCUGCCACACAACAACUGGCACAACAAAUGAUCCCUUACCAGUGUGAGCAGUGCAAGAUUGGAUUCCCUUCCUUUGAGCACUGGCAGGAACACCAGCAAUUACACUUCCUUUCUGUGCAAAAUCAAUUCAUCCACCCUCAAUUCCUCGAUCGUCCAAUUGACAUGCCUUUCAUGCUUUUUGAUCCCAGCAAUCCUCUCCUGGCGAGUCAGCUACUCUCUGGGGCAUUGCCACAGAUUCCCAGCAGCUCUGCCACUUCUCCGUCCACCCCCACCUCCACCAUGAACUCCCUGAAGAGGAAGUUAGAGGAGAAAGCUGGCACUAGUCCAGGAGAAAAUGACAGCACAAACAGCGGAGAAGAGCCACAGAGAGACAAGCGGCUCAGAACUACCAUCACACCUGAGCAGCUGGAGGUCCUAUAUCAGAAGUAUUUGUUAGAUUCUAAUCCUACACGCAAAAUGCUUGACCACAUUGCUCAUGAAGUGGGAUUAAAGAAGAGAGUAGUGCAAGUCUGGUUCCAAAAUACCAGAGCAAGAGAGAGAAAAGGUCAGUUUAGAGCAGUAGGGCCAGCUCAAGCUCAUCGCAGGUGCCCUUUUUGUCGAGCUCUUUUUAAAGCAAAAACUGCCCUGGAGGCACACAUUCGCUCUCGUCACUGGCAUGAAGCCAAACGUGCUGGAUAUAAUUUAACUCUCGCUGGUAUGUUACCUGAUCAGGAGGGUAUGCAAAUAAAAAUGGAUGCUCUAGAGACAGCAGUUUACUCGCAACUUGUCUCAACAAACAGUGAUGGACAAAGCUCCUCUAUGUCACCAGUGAACAAAGGCAUGGAUUUGUCUCCCAGGGCUUUACUGAGCCCUUCAUCCAUUAAAGUUGAGGGAAUGGAAGAUUUUGAGAGUGCAACCAUGUCUUCUGUGAAUCUCAGCUAUGAUCCGAGCAAACUGGAUAAUGACGAUUGUUCUUCUGUGAAUACUGCCAUCACAGACACAACCACAGGUGAUGAGGCCAAUGCUGAUAAUGACAGUGCUGAUGCAAAGCACAGCCAGAAUAGUGGUGAUUACUUGUCUAAGUCUGGAGGCACAGUCCCACUCCUUGAAAAUGACGACCAGAUGUCCUCUGGGCUUGUAAGCCCUGCAACAAGCUAUUAUGCUAGGGACUAUGAAAAUGAACAUAUAAUUGACCAUAGUGAAACGUCCAGCAUGGCUGACCCCUGCUCACCAAGUCCUGGAGCAUCAGGCACCAGGAGCAUCGACAGUGGAGAUCGACCUGGACAAAAGCGCUUUCGAACACAGAUGACCAACCUCCAGCUGAAAUUGUUGAAAUCCUGUUUCAACGACUACAGGACUCCUACUAUGCUGGAAUGUGAGGUACUUGGCAAUGACAUUGGACUUCCAAAGAGAGUGGUCCAGGUGUGGUUUCAAAAUGCCCGUGCCAAGGAGAAAAAGGCAAAGCUCAACAUGGCCAAGCACUUCGGAAUAAAUCACACAUCCUAUGAGGGGCCGAAGAUUGAAUGCGCUUUGUGUGGUGUCAAGUACAGCGCUCGCCUCUCUGUUCGUGAUCACAUUUUCUCACAGCAACACAUCUCUAAGGUGAAGGAUACCAUUGGCAGCCAGAUUGAUAAGGAAAAAGAAUACUUUGACCCAGCCACGGUCCGCCAACUUAUGGCCCAGCAAGAGAUGGAUCGCAUUAAGAAGGCCAAUGAAGUUUUAGGACUGGCACAGCAGCAGGCUAUGCAGCAGGGGAUGUUUGAUAACCCUGCAAUGCAGGCUCUGAAUCUCCAGUCAGGUUAUCCAAAUCUGCAAGGCAUCCCACCUGUCCUUCUGCCAGGAGUUGGCAGCCCUUCUCUUUCCAGCUUCAACUCAUCUAAUUCAGCUUUAACUCCUCCAAAACCUUCAAACCUCCUGAACUUGCCUGGUGCCAGUGUUCCCUCACCGAGCCUCCCUACAUCCGGAUUACCCAACAAGCCUCCCUCCUCAUCAUCUGUUGCCGCAUCCAGCCCAGCCCAGCCCAACACAUCUGCUUCGCACUCAAGUCCCACCACCACAUCAAACUCCACUUCCUCAACCAGCCAGUCCGGUUCCCGGCCUGAACCCCCCAAAGAACGUAGUACUGAGAGGGUAAGGGAGAAGGAGAAGUCCAAGGAAAAGACAGAGAAGCCCUCAACCCCAUCAUCGACUGGAAGCACUCCUGCUCCAUCCACCUCUGCUGCCAGCGCCAAGAAGGAGAAACCAGAUACAGCUGUACCUGCCACCUCUAUGCCCACACCUGGCAUGGAGUAUGUGGUAGAUCCCGCCCAGCUUCAGGCUCUGCAGGCAGCUUUGGCAUCCGAUCCCACUGCUCUCCUCACAAACCAGUUCCUGCCCUACUUCAUGCCUGGCUUUUCCCCAUAUUACUCUCCACAGAUCCCUGGGGCUCUCCAAGGGGGGUACAUGCAACCGAUGUAUGGUAUGGAAAGUCUCUUCCCAUACAACCCAGCAUUGUCGCAAGCAUUGAUGGGCCUGUCUCAAGGGUCCCUGCUGCAGCAUUACCAGCAAUAUCAGCAGGGCUUGCAGGAGGCACUACAGCAGCAGCAGCAGCAGCAACAGCAGCUCCAGCAACCCAAGUCGAGCCAAACUGCAGUUCCCUCUCAAUCCUUGGGGGAUCGUAAAGAAUCUGCCAAAGAUCCAGCUAAAACAGAGGCGCAAAAGGGCAACUCCCAUAGUGAACCCCCCACUUCCUCCUCCUCAUCCUCCUCUCGUAGUAAAGUAUCCGCAGAGCAGAAAGAAAUGGAUGGCAAGGCUGGUAACCCCCAUCUAGACCAGUUCAUCGUCCCCAAGGUGCAGUAUACACUGGCAUGCCGCAAAUGUCAAGCAGUUUUCACCAAGGAAGAAGCGGCUAUAACCCACGUUAAAUCGAACUGUUUUUUCGGUCAGUCUGUGGCAAACCUGCAAGAGAUGUUGCUGCGUGUCCCCGGUGGCGUAGGUACAGCGGCUGGAGGUCUCUAUGACUGCCUGGCUUGUGACACUACGUUGGAUGGGGAGAAAGCACUCAGUCAACACCUGGAAUCGGCAUUGCACAAACACAGAACAAUCAAGCGAUCAGCCAGAAAUGCCAAAGAGCACGCUACUAGUUUAUUACCUCACUCUUCAGCCUGCUUCCCCAAUCCUAACACCGCAUCUACCUCGCAGUCUGCCACUCAUCCCAUCAGCAGCCCUCCUCCCCCGCCAACAACAUCAGCCACCAUGCCAUCCUCUGCUGUCUCCUCUUCCUUGUGCUCCUCCUCUACUACCCCACUCAACACCACAGCUGCCGGCAAAUCCUGGCCCCAGGCCCCUUUCUCCAGAGCUUUAGCUGGGAAGCCCAAUGCCAGUCCCUCCUCUUCUUCCUCCUCGUUUCCUCCAGUGUCCUCACCUUCAACGGUUACCUCAAGUUCAUUGAGCACCUCAGGAGUUCAGACCUCGAUACCAACAGACGUCUUUACUGACGAGUCUGACUCUGACAGCAGUCAGAAGUCAGCAGACAGGCUGGGCAUAACGGCGGAGGAGCCGCAGCAGCCUGGCUUUGUCAAAGACAGUAGUAGUUGUAGUAGUAAUCUUGCUAGUGUAGGAACAGACUCCAUCAGAUUGUAAAAGAGCUUUCAGUGAUGGACAAUAUUUAAAAAACACUAAAAAAGACAAAAAAAAUCACAAAUGGAAAAAACAUAAAAAGCAGCAAUGUUAA